CAAGAGUCGCCCGAAGGAUUCAUUCGCCUUUGACGCCAUCUGGCAUCGCCUGGGUGCCGCACCCUGCCGGAUCAAAUCUUAUCAAUCUAUAGCCUCCACGGUAAAUACGUCUCUUCCUACAGCCUUUUCUUCUCUUCUUCUCUCCUUCGCGCAGAUGCAUCUUUUUUUUUGAGGGUCUCAGCGAGCACAGGCGUGUGCGCACUUGCUCCAUUGAUCAUGGCCGACCAACCACAUAUCGAUCAGUCCUCCUUACAACCACAUGAACAGGCGUCCUCGCGGGCACACGAGCAACCAGUCACGGAGAAAACGCUCCACGAAACGCCCGUAGUCGACGACACCGAGUCGUCUGCGCAGUCACUGCAGGAUGGCGUCAAGGGAAUCGAGGCCAUCUCCCAAUCCUGGACAAAGGUUGGACUGGGAGUGGCCUAUCUCGGCAUUUUCCUCAUGGCCUUCGUCACCUCUCUCGAGGGCCAAGUGACGGGCUCGGUCACCAUCUUUGUCACCAGUUCCUUCUCGCAGCACUCGCUGGUGUCGACCAUCAAUGUAGUGCAGAGCGUCAUCCUCACCAUCGUCAAGCCUCCCAUGGCCAAGAUUGCCGACGUGUUUGGCCGCACAGAAGCAUUUUGUCUCUCCGUCUUGCUCUUUGUCCUCGGCUUUAUCGCCAUGGCCUGCUCCAACAACGUCCAGACCUUUGCCGCUGCUCAGAUCUUCUACUCGUCAGGCAGCACUGGUCUGCAGAUCCUGCAGCAAGUCUUCGUCGCCGACACGACCGAUCUGAGCUGGCGCGCCAUCAUGUCGACGCUACCCGAUCUGCCAUUUCUCGUCACCACCUGGGUCGGCGUCGCCAUCAGCGACAGGAUCAGAGAGGAGACGGGCAGCUGGCGCUGGUGCUACGGCAUGUUUGCUGUCCUGCUGCCCGCUGCAUUUCUCCCCCUGCUGACGUCCCUGGUUGCGAACGGGCUCAAAGCCAAGAGGAUGGGUCUCUUGCCCCCGAAGCGCCAGACUAUGCAAGGUGGCCCUCUCGCCGUCUUGGGCAACCUGUGGAGGGACCUCGACGUGGGCGGUAUGAUCCUCCUCGGAGCUGGCUUCGCCCUGAUUCUUGUGCCCUGCACAAUCGCCGCCAAUGUCUCUGGCGGAUGGUCCAACCGUAGUAUCAUAGCCAUGGUUACUGUCGGUGCCGUUCUCGUGGUCAUCUACCCCUUUUGGGAGGCCAGCUCGCGGUUCGCAAAGAAGCACAACAUCCAGGGUGUGCCUGGCAAAAUCAUGGCCAACACGGCUCCACACCCGCUGACGCCAUUGUAUCUGCUCAAGUCCAGAACAUUCAGCGCCGGCUGCGUGCUCGUCUUCUUUUACUUCAUGGCCUUUUACCUGUCCGUGUAUCCCUACUUCCAAUCGUAUCUCUUGGUCGUACGAGGACUCCCAAACCAGACGGCGGUGUACGUUACACAGACCUUUACCUUUUCGUCAACCGUCUCGUCCAUCAUCGUCUCCAUCCUCAUCAAGCUGACCCUUAGGUACAAGUGGUUCGUGGUCGGGGGAUCCGCCUUGUACAUGAUGGGUAUGGGCCUCAUGAUGCAUUACCGCACCGAAACAGCCUCGCUGUCUGCCAUUAUAGGAAGCCAGGUGCUCCUUGGAUUCGGAGGUGGUAUGCUCAACGUGCCGGCGCAGAUUGGUGUCCAAGCUAGCGCCAGUCACCAAGAUCUGGGUUCCGCAACGGCCAUAUUCCUGACCAUUGUGAGCAUCGGUAGUGCCGUCGGCUCAGCCAUCAGCGGCGCGGUCUGGGGACAGAACAUUGUCCCCAAGCUGAAUGAGUAUCUGCCCGACGCGGCCAAGGUGAACGCGACCCUCAUCUACUCCGAUAUCGACGAGGCGCUCGCGUACCCGCAGGGUAGCGACGAGCGCAUCGCCAUCAACCGCGCGUACCAGGAGACCAUGACGAAGCUGUUGACGAUUGCCGUCUGCGUCUGCGCCCCGAUUUUCGUCUUCAGUCUGCUGAUGAGCGACUACCACCUCGACGAGAUACAGCAAGGUGUCCGAGGCCUGGUCAUUGGCGGAGACGUGGGGGAGGAUUCGAGAAAGGCUGAGGGUGCCAAGGAUGGAAAUCCUUACAACCCCAAAAACUGGUUCAAACGGCGUCCCGCGCGCGUAGCUUAGGAGGGCCGCGAUGACAUGCUGAUGAUGGCCAUGUUUCGGGCGCAAUAGCCAACGCCGGGCUGUGCUAUAAUUAAUAUACAAUUGAUACUUCAACCGUCCUCCCAUCGCCUGUUGGUCAUUCUUGGGCUUGUUCGUCGACAUUGCGCCGACGGACCGUUGCCAUUUCGGGGCGCGCGGGCUGCCGUUGCGGACCACCCGCGGCGGACCUCAGCGACAGUCCAGACCCCAGACGUUUGGACUCCAGUCGUAAGCAUUGAAAUGACAGUCGGUGGCUAAUAAUGAUCCUGAUUCGACAAGGCCAAGUAAGCCCUUGGUGAGGCUGGACCUGUCAGCAUGGCCCGUGAUUUCUUCGUACAUAU